UUCCUCUUGUUUUUUUUUGUCCCCAACGCUCCUUUCAGCACCUAUAAAUACCUCCCUCCCCCUUCUCAUUUUUCGCCAUCAUCAACAAACACAACACACACAGAGCUCUUUGCCUCUUUCUCUUCGAAAGAUCGAUCAAUUGUUCGAUUAGGUCAAAUUUCUCAUUAUGUCUGGAGUUUGGGUUUUCAAGCAGAACGGUGUGAUGCGCCUGGUGGAUGAUUCGUCUUCCUCCCGGAAGAAGGCGUUGGUGCACUUGCCCAGCGGCCAGGUGGUGAAUUCCUAUUCGGCGCUGGAGCGUAUCCUCACCGGGCUAGGGUGGGAGAGGUACUACGGCGGCGACCCCGACCUGUACCAAUUCCACAAGCACUCUUCCAUCGACCUAAUUUCUCUGCCCAGAGACUUCAGCAAGUUCAACUCCGUUUACAUGUACGACAUCGUCAUUAAAAACCCCAAUCUCUUCCACGUCAGAGACAUGUGAUCGAUCACUACUAUUGAGUGAGUGAAUCUUAUUUGCUCUCUUCAGCUCGAUCUCUAUGAUCUCUCAUUUAUAUAUCAAUUCCGGUUUCUUUCUGGGAUUAAUUAGUCUUAAUUUGGUAUAUGGUUUUUCUGGGUUUCAUGGGUACACAUACGUAGAGUUAUAGGUUUCAUUUGAUCUCCUCUUUGCAUUGGCUUCCUGGUUUACUUUAAUAAAAAAGCGUGAUCUAGAUGGUGUGUUGUGUUCGAUCCGUUCAACAAUUUGUAUUGCUUUCUGUAAAAUAUAGCUUUUCUAUGAAUGAUAAAUGAAUGUCGAUAUUGAAGAACCAAA